CCUCCUCAUCCAAGAUUUAUAUACAUGAGUUCUCUCAUCCCACCAAAAUACCAUUCAACAAAACUCAACACACCUCAAAACAAAAAUGACAACAAGAGUAGUGGGUGAGAAACAAAACAAAGGAUCCAUGUAUGUAUACAACUUAGACACCGGAAACCCAAAGCCAAAGCCAAAACCAGAACCAGACUUAUCAACCAUGUUAAAGAAAGGUAUAUCAAAAGGAUGGCCCCUUAGAAGAUCAAAAACGUAUCGCGAAAAUCAUCAUCAAAAUAACAAUGUUGUCAUCACAACAACAAAAGGAGAAACAACAAGAAAAUCAGUUUCAUCAAUUGAAGGACAAGUUAUUGUUAAUAAAGAAAUUGAAUUAUCAAAAAAUCCAAUUAUUGAAUCAAGAAAAUCAGCUUCUUGUGUUAUUGGAACAAGAAAAUCAUUGACACAUGUUGAAUUAAAUGUGGCAUCAAUGGCUGCAAUUCUUCAAGUUAAAGUAUUGGUCACAGACAUGCCAGGAUUUAUGCAAGUUCAUGCUUUUAAAUGUGCAAGAACUACUUAUGAUAGCUUGGAGAAAUUUAGUUCCAAACAUAUGGCCUAUAACAUGAAAAAGGAAUUUGAUAAAAUAUAUGGGCCGGCCUGGCAUUGCAUAGUGGGCUCAAGUUUUGGGUCAUAUGUUACUCAUUCCACAGGUGGAUUCCUAUAUUUUUCAAUGGAAAAACUUUAUAUUUUAAUCUUCAAGACAAAAGUUCAAAAGACCAUUGAGUCCUAAAUAAUUAAUUUAUUUUGGUAGAAAUACUUUUAGUUUUGU